CGGGCCGGAGCCCAGGGAUCCACCCCUUUAAGUAUUAGCUUGACUGCCCAAUCGCGCUGCCUACUCAACUCGUCUGUCAUGGCUAACAAAGAGACCCCUUCUGUCUCUCUCGCGGGCGGCUGCACCUGCGGCCUCGUGCAGUUCAAUCUCUCCAGCAAGCCUCUCUUCAGCGUGUUUUGCCACUGCACCCGGUGUCAACGCGCCGACGGUGCCAUUUUCGUAGCUUCGGCUCACUUUCCCGAUGAAGCUUUCGCUUUCACUGCGUCGAGCGCGCCGCAUAACGAACUCGAAACUGUCGGCGACAUGAAGCUCUAUCGCUGCAAGCAAUGCCGCAGCUGUGCUGCUGCCAAACUGGAUACGGGGAACUGGGCGCUUCGUCCUACGCAGUUCGCGCGCGGCGCAGACGAUAUGGUGCUGAAUUGGGACAUCCUGAAACCGACCGCCCACAUCUUCUAUAACACGCGAGUGGUCGACGUGCAGGAUGGUCUGCCCAAGUGGGCUGGAUUCCCCAGGUCGUCAGACCGUAUGAAUGAAACGAAAGAAGCCGCGUGAACCUCAACCACUCCCCGCGUAGUUGUCUGUGUAACCGUAUGGAUCGCUGUAUAGUAGCUGGGAAAGCUGUGCCAUCGUCUGGUCGUCGAAAUGAGGACCAGAAAACACGCCUUCGUCGCGGAACAUCCCUCCAGCCAUAAACAGUUCAGGCAUCAUGUCAGGGGUCUCGGGCUGGCGGGUAACUUGACUGCGAAUGGGGGGCAUUGGCGGUGAUGCACUGUUUGCGCUGCUGCUGCUUGCUGGGGAUAUUGCCGUUGGCACAGUCAGAUUCCGCGAGGCAUCGAUCUAGCUCAUGUUGAGGGAAGAUGUAAUGGUGUCAAGAACGAGGACGUACAAUCAUACGUUUGACGAUUCUGCCAAAAGGUGCAUCGUCUGUAGCCCCACGCUUGUGAGAUGGUCUCGACGGCAUCCCAGGCUCAGCAGCUACAUCUCGAGAUCAACAGUCGCACAAAUGACCGCCCGGAACACAUACUCAGAAGGCCCUCCAGCAACGUUAUUGCGUUACGCGAGACAUGAGACACUUGCUCGGCUGUUCUGGGUAUUGUUGGACAGAGCACUAGCGAGGAGCGAUGCGAAUGACACACUUGAACAAAUCGAGCGCUUCUCUUAGCUGCAUGCGACGGCCUUCGAGAUCGGCUUGCCCCUCGGCCUUCUGGUGGCAUAGAUCAAUGAACAGUACAACUGCCUGUCAGUGGAUCAAUCCUGGAUCCGAUUUGAUAAGUCGGGGGCAACUCACAGCCGCAAAGCCGUAGAACAGAACAAUCCACCACUUGAGCAGCAGAGCCG